GCCCGCGUGCGUUGCCCCCUCUCCAAAGAGGCGCGCAACAAGCUUAGGGCUGAAUGCCCCAGACCCAUAAUUCCCAACAGGGUUUGCGAGACUCCAGCGGUAGACCCCAAAAUGACCCAAUUCCUCACCAAAUCUGGGUGGAAUCCGAGGAAGGGUCUGGAGUCGGCCCUGCGUGCCUGUCAGGACAAGCUCCUGGACGUAUUUGGCCCCCUGGCAAAGAUUUUUGAUCUGGCCGAGACUGCCAAGGCCGAGGGUAAGCAAGUAGACCCUCUAGAGCUGCGCGAGUGGGUGCAGCGCGCGAUUUGCGUGGCAGGAAACGUUAACACGUCCCUGGCCAUUGAACGGCGCAAGGCCAUACUUUUCAAGAUUGAGCCUAAACUAUCCAACUUGGCGCUUACCGAAGCCGGUAAGGAGGCCCAGGGCCUGCUGUUUGGCGAGUCUUUUAUUAAGGACUUAGGACGGUUUGUCGGUGCUUUUACAGCACUCGAUAAGGCCCAGAGUUCUAUGAAACGGGUGUUUCACGGUAGGGUCUCUACCAGGGCCGGCAGUUUCAGGGGCCGUCUGUCCGGCCGUGCCCAUUUUCAGUCCCGUACUACGGGCAGAGGCUCCUUCUCCCAGAGACCUGCGUUCCAGGAGCAGAGGCGAGAGACAUCUUCCUUUUUCCCUUCCCGGGGAGGAUCCUGGAGACCUAGAGGAUACAGAGGAAACCCUGGUUCCAGACGACCUUAUGGUUGAGACCGGCCCGGUGUGCGGUGUCUGUUGG